AUGGAAUCUAUGCUGAAUGAGAUUGAGACUCGGUUGUUCAUUAACGGCGAGUUUCGAGCAUCGUCUAGUAGGGAAACAUUCAAGGUGGUAUAUCCAUACACCAAACAGGUCGUUGCACAAGUCCAAACAGCCGACAUACAAGAUGUAGAAGAUGCCGUUACUGCUGCCAACGCAGCUUUCCCCGCCUGGCGAGAUUUGGGCACCGACAAGCGCGCCAUAUACCUGCGCAGACUAGCGCAACUCAUCUUGGAAUCAAACAACGAGCUGGCGAAGCUCGAAACACUCUCCACUGGCCGGCCAAUCUCGCAGUUCUUUGACGCUAGUGUAGCAGCCGAUUUAUUUGCGUACUACGCUGGUGGCGGUUGGACCGCGCAGGGGACGGCCAGCCUUAACACACCAGACCACCUAAAUCUGACUGUUAAGCAGCCAUAUGGAGUGGUAGCACUUAUCAUCCCAUGGAACUUCCCGCUUGUGAUGCUUGCCGGGAAGCUAGCGCCGGCCCUGGCGGCAGGCAAUACAGUUGUAUUGAAGAGCAGUGAGAAGGCGCCGUUGACGUCUCUCUAUGUAGCCAAGCUAAUCGAGAAAGCGGGUUUUUCACCUGGAGUUAUCAACAUCAUCUCUGGGUUCGGCAACCCUACCGGGGCAGCGCUGGCAUCACACAUGAUCGUCCGAUGUAUCAGCUUCACUGGCUCAACGGCAACGGGCCAGAAGAUCCAGGCGGCAGCCGCAGAGUCAAACAUGAAGCACGUGCACAUGGAGCUGGGCGGGAAGUCACCGGCGAUUAUCUUUGAAGACGCGGAUUUGGAGACAGCCGUUACACAGACACAGUUCAGUGUUCAGUUUAAUAGUGGACAAGUGUGCUCAGCAAACUCACGGAUCUACGUGCACGAGUCAGUGGCCAAACAAUUCGUUAAAUUAUUCCGUGAGAAGUUUGCUGCCGUCCGGAUGGGUGAUCCACUCGAUCCUGCUACUACGCAUGGUCCGCAGGUUGAUUUGUUGCAGUAUAACCGGAUCAAGGAAUACCUUGAUAUUGGGGAGAAGGAUGGGACACUCAGUCUGGGUGGUGAUGCAAAUGACGGGUUCUUUGUGCGGCCGACUAUCUUUGAGGGCGUUGCUGAAGACUCGCGGCUGAUGCAAGAGGAGGUCUUUGGUCCGGUUGUUGUGAUUAACACCUUUUUCACCGAGACUGAAGCGAUUCAGAAGGCGAACAAUUCGGGGUUUGGCCUGUAUGCUGCUGUCUUUACCAAGGAUAUUGAUCGUGCUGUUCGUUUGGCUAAGGCUCUGGAUGCGGGCACUGUUGGGGUGAACUGCACUAGCCCGACGAAUGCUAAGGACACUGCAUUUGGCGGUUUCAAAAUGAGUGGGAAUGGCCGGGAGGGGCUUCUGUAUAGUCUUGACAGCUUUCUUGAGACUAAGAGUAUCUUGAUCAAGACAGCACGUCUUUGA